UAAGAGUAAUGUGAAUAACAGGAAGCAACUUGCCAGCUGGUGUUCCUCCUGUUUCCAAAAGUGUGCGGUGUCGCUGCUUUCUGAAUAUGCACUUCUCUACUGUAGUGUGCCAUUUAAAGACAUGUUCAAGGAGACUGAAAGCAGCAAAGGAUUUUUCAGUCUUACAAGAAGCUAUCAUUUAAUGAUAUAUCACAGCAAUGGUAUAUAUUGCUUUUAAAUUUUGCACUCUGUGUAUGUGGGUGUUUUUAAAUGAACAGGUGGUAUUUCAGCCUUUGUAACCUUGCUUUGUGCAGCAAGGUGAUGCAGAUUUGAAAAACAAACAAACAAAUAUUAAUCAGUUCAUUUUAUGACUUGACUUGCUGUAGUUUAGUGCCUCCUUGCUUCACUGGGUGGUGCCAUCCUUGAAGGCUUAUGAAGGUAUAUUUGAAGGCUUUGCAAAACUGUGAAAUUGAUAGGUGUAUUCUCUUUAAAAGCAACAAACACAUAUUCAAAUGGGCUGUCCUUUCCUGCCAUAGUUCUGCUAUGAGGGAGGAGAAAGAUGGGAGAAAGCAUGUAUUUUCUUUUGUAUUCUCUCACUCGCUGUUUCUUAUAGUUGCAUACCCUCCAACAGUUCUCUGAUGAAAAUAGGGGCAUCCUAGUUGUUGGUUCCAGACUGACAAGAGGUCCAGGAUGGCUCACUGCCUGCGGGCUCUUUUCACAAAAAGAGGGUGGUGAAGAGGCCAGGAUACAUGAGAACAGAAUUGCUGCAGCAGAUAGGAUUUCAGCCUCUUUCUGACUGUGAACCCUUCAGCCCCAAAGGGCUUGAGCAUAAUGGCAGAAAACACUACAGAGAAUUUAAAAAUUGCUUUCUGAAGAGGCGAUGCAAAAAUGAUACAUUACAUUGUAAUGCUUGUGUAAACAGUCCCUCGGUUUCCCCAGAUGUGGCAACUGGAUCGCCUACUGCUGGAAAUAAAGCCGACAGUCUCAGACCCCUGGCUGAUUUCAGAGUGCAGCAAUCAGAAGAUCUAAUUCAACCAGUUUGUCCUGUGGUUGCCAUCUAUAAAAGAGAUCUGUUGCCUGCAUCCAGCUCAUCCUCACAGCAGACUAAUUUGCUUGACUCUGUGAAGGAGACUGCUUUUGCUGGUGGAACACAGGAGAAGGAAAGAAUGCAUGCUUUGGAUCAGAAGGAAGAGAACAACAACCAGGAAUCUGAAAGCAAGGACAUGCCUUGUACCUCUUUCAGUCCUCAGGAUCACUUUAAUUCAAGUUUUAGCUUCAUACAGCUCUCGCUAAAUUCAGCUUGUGAAACAAAUGGCAUUGGAGGCCCAGUAUAUUGUAGAGAGCCUAAAGAAGCUUGGCAAACAUGCAAAACAGGAAGAGCAGAAAACGUUACUUUGCAUGUACCUUGGGAGGGACAAAGAACUUCAGGGAAAGAACUGUGGGCUUCAUCCAUCUCUCUGUGUAGCAAAGACCACAAGUGCCCAAGGGGGACUGCAGAAGAUGAUAAAGUGCAGGAUUGUGAAUCACACUCACUUUCACAUUCACAUGCUGCAUUUUCCUGUUCAACUGAGUCUUUGGAAGCAGCAUCUGCUGGUUCUUCUGUGACCUCAGGCUAUGAAAGUAGUAACACUGUUAGCGAUCACAGCUGGGAUUCCCUGAUGAAGAAAUAUGAGCCAGUGCUACAGGACUGCUUGCUGGGCAACCAAAGUAUAUUAAAGAUAAAAUCCUUAAUAAGAAAGCUUCAAAGACUUCAAGCGAAGGCAGUAGCUGAGGAUGAUUAUGAGAGGGCUGAUAAAUUUAGAAGAAAACUUGAAGAGCUGGAGAAAGAGAAAAGUGCACUAAAAUUUCAGCUUCCUUCACAACAUCCUUCAAUUAGCAGUUUUUUGGAGAGAUUUAAAGCACAGGUUCAAGUGGCAUUGUAUGGGGAAGUUCCUAGAGAAGAAAAACAGCUGUUGCAGAGAUGUGAACAGAAGAUUUUAAAUUUUCCUCACCAUGGAAGACUACUAAUUUCAGCCACAAAACGAGAUCAGCUGCUUGAAGAAAAGGCAUUGAUACAGAAAGAAAUUGAAAUCCUUAGAGCAAGGCUGGCUGUUCUAGAAGCUAAAGAUCAACAGCUAAGGAGAGAAAUUCAAGACCAAGAUCAGUUCAUUCAGAUGCAGGACUGUGAAUUGUCUACCUUGCUUAGCUGGGUAUCGCUUGGAGAGCUGCAAGAAAUAGGCGAAGCCUUGACUGAAACUUCAAAGGCAUCACAGAAUAUUCCGUGCACUUUGGAUUUACCAGAGUCCCUUAAAAGGCUUCAAGAAAAAGAGCAAUCGCUCAAUAUGUCCAUUAAACAUACAGCUGCCAGAGUGUGUACCAGUCAGAAGCUGUGCAGCACUUUAAGGAGGAAAGUGAAUGAUAUUGAGACUCAACUACCCACUCUUCUUGAAGCCAAAAUGCUUGCUGUUUCAGGAGGUAAUUUCUGUACGGCUAGAGACCUUGUAGAAGAAAUUAAGUCGUUAACAGCUGAAAGAGAGCGACUGGAGGGACUUCUCAACGAAUGGUUCACGCUGAGUGCCAAAAAUGUCCAAAAAUUAGAGAGAAUGAAAGAAGGUUACAAGAGACUGAAGGAAGAAAUGGCGCAAGGGGAGUCUGCUUUUGAGAAGAAGUUGAAGGAAGAUAUUCUCAGGUACAUGGAAGUGCUGGAGGAAAAACUGCAAAGCUGUGGGAGCCAGCUUCUUGAAAGAGUGUGGGAAGUUGACUUAGAGGCCUGUCAACUGUUGAUCCGAGGGUUUCAGCUGAAAGAAGGUGGUUGUUGUGUUUCCGAGGGAGAAGAGAGCCAAACAGAUGAAGUGGAGGAUACUGCCGAUGCCUCUUUGAGCACCAACCAGGAACAAUCAAAACACUUUCCAGUUCAAGAUUCCAAGUGGAGUACUCUCCAGUGCCCUGUUAUCCAAAGCAAACACCAGAGUACACACUGGGAACUGAAAGAGGAAUUUCAUAUACUUACAGCAGAACUUGACGACAAAUGUGAAAAAAUAAGUGAGAAGCUGAUGCACCUGGAAGAUCAACUUCAAACAGCGCUCUGCGGCUGUGAUGAAGACCUUGUUCAGUCUCUACAGAGAGAGAUCCAGAUGGUGAAGGAAACUCUCCAGGCCAUGUUGGUGCAGCUCCAGCCAGCUAAGAAGGCAGAGGAAGAUGCUGCUGUCGACUUCCUUGGUGGCAGCUGGUGUCCGGGAAAGGAAGGCUUAGAGGAAUAAUGAGCAGGAAGACUCGGCGGGGCGGGCAGGGGGAGAGAGCUUCAUUCAAAAGGGUUGCUUUCAAGAGCUGAAUACUGUCUUAGGAGGCCUCAAGGAUUCUUCCCAUCUCUGCGUAACUAAUAACAACUAAAUCAAUUAUUGGAUAUGGGGAGGGGGAGACCCUGAAUGACUUGCCUAACAAGUAUUGUAACUUGCAUGUUCACUGGGUCAGAUCUGGAAACAGUUUUUGAAGCCUUGUGUCCCAUGCACUCUUUGAUGUGACAGCUCCAAACUGAUGUGUCUGAACAGAUGCACCAAGGGUGAGACUUAUGCAGCAAAGCUGUAGCAAUCUGCUUGUGCACUCCUUUCUAGUUUUGCCCAUACCUGACAAUGUAAUGUGGAGAUCUGCGCGUUCAGAAGUCACAAGUGCCUGUUCUAAAGAGCAGCGGCUGUUGCAAGUGGCUAGCCUUAAUUGCGUUGCCAGUGAUACAACAUGUUGCUGUUCAGUGAUGGCCUUUUUGUUCAGAGGUGGGGAAGCUAUUGCUGGCCGUUGGACUCUGAUUCCCAUCAGCCCUAGGCAGCAUGGCCAGUGAUCCCGGAUAGCGUGAGUGAGGUUCGACAACAUCUGGAGGACUGAAGGUUCCUGCCCCGCCCCCAGUUUAGGGACAGGGUUGCAUUGGGGGUGUGGUGUGCACUCCAGUAUGUGAAAGCAGGAAUACCAAACCCAGCAAACGAAGAAUGCCAGAUACCCUAAAUGUCAGGACUCCUCAAAACGAUGUGCACAAAGGGAUGGCUUUUGCCACACAUGCAUCCAAUUUGGUGUCUGAGACACUUGCACAACCACUCAACCAGGGACCACUUAUUACCAUAGUAGUUUAAAGGAGAGUGAUGGGUAUUAUUACAUUUUCCAAGCAAUACAACACUGCAGCUGCUGGGAUGCAGUCCAAAUGUGAUUGCACAUGAAUGGAUUUGCUAUGU